UAUCUCGUUAAAGUUGCAUCGCACAUGGGUUUGCUUGCGAAAGGCGCGCUUGGCGCGGUGCUUUUGACUUCCGCUUAUCUUUACUUCAAAAUUAGUAAGGUACCGCCUGUGCCACACCUGGAGGAUACGUGGUGGGGUCCGGGCAAACCGACGAAAGAGGAUAUCGCCGUGAAGCCGUUCAAAAUAAACGUACCAAUCGAGGUGAUAAAAGACCUCCGCCAUAGGUUGGAGAUUUCGCCACCCUUCCAGACCCCGCUGGAGGGCGCGAACCAAAACUACGGCAUCAACGCCAAACUCCUGCAAACCGUGGUCGACUAUUGGAAAUCGAAGUACGACUGGCCUAAGCGCGAGGAGUUCCUUAAUCAAUACCCCCAAUACCAAACGAAAAUCCAGGGGCUCAACAUACAUUUUAUCCACGUCAAACCCCGAAACGCGAAAGGGUUGAAAGUAUUGCCGAUGCUGAUGGUCCACGGCUGGCCCGGAUCGAUCAGGGAAUUCUACGAGAUUAUUCCGCUUCUAACCGAACCUCAACCAGGUAGGAACUACGUGUUUGAAUUGGUCAUCCCCUCUUUGCCUGGUUACGGAUUUUCCGAUGGCGCGGCAAGGCCGGGCUUGGCAACAGCUCAGAUGGCUCAUAUUUUCAAGAGACUCAUGGAGCGUCUCAAUUUCGACAAAUACUAUCUGCAAGGAGGCGAUUGGGGGUCUUUGGUGACGCAAAACUUGGCGGCAUUAUAUCCCGACAACGUGAUCGGCGUCCACGGAAACACGUGCUUCGUGAACAGCCCUAGAUAUCACUUUAUUUUGGCGUUGGGGUCGUACUUCCCGUCGCUCGUAUUCGAAAACGAAGCGGAAAAGUUUAAAAAUUCCCCUUAUUCCAAAACCAUUAGGUUUAUGAUCGAAGAAAGUGGUUACUUGCAUAUACAGGCAACCAAACCAGACACCGUAGGUGUGGGUCUAAGAGAGAGUCCCGCCGGUUUAGCAGCCUAUAUCCUCGAAAAAUUCAUUACCUGGACGAACCCGACGUGGAAGAACUUGCCAGACGGCGGCCUUACAAGAAAAUUCACCUUGGAUCAGUUGCUAGACAAUGUUAUGAUCUACUGGGUCACAAAGUCCAUUACCACAUCGGCUAGGUUGUACGCGGAAAAUUUUGCGUCCAACAAUACGGCCCUGCAGAUCGACGAGAUUCCCAUCAAGGUACCAACCGGAUGCGCUAGAUUCGCGUACGAGCUGCUGUACCCCCCGAGGAAGGCUAUGGGAGGAAGGUUCCCCAACCUCGUCCACCUGACCGACUACGAAGACGGGGGUCACUUUGCUGCUUUCGAAAUACCCUCGAUCCUAGCAGAAGACAUUUACCAGUUCGUGGACAAGGUCGAACGGUUAAAGAUUGGAAAACAGGAGCUGUGACAUCGUGGAUAAGACUGAUUCGUUGUACAAUACAAUAAAGAAUAAGAAAAUAAGAA